AUGCUCGUUGCAGCUCUCCACGGCUCCCGAGCCAAUAACAGCACCUACACAGACGACUACAAAGCCCCAGGCUUGGGGAGGCCAGCUAAGGGAAGACCUUCAUCAGUGACCAGAAGGAACAAUCCCCACCCCAAACCGGGCUUCCUGUUUCCCAAAAGAUUACCAUGUGAGCAUGGUGUCAUUCAGGACAGAGUCCGACAGCUGGUUGAUAAUUAUAUAUCGACACUGUCACCCUACAGCUGCUACCACCUUCCUUCCUGCACUGCCGACCUCUUCCCUCCAGUUAAAGGUGUCGCUGCCCCCCAGAAAGAGGGCAGACUUGCCUUGCUUAUGCAGAAAACCCAACCCAAGGAGACAGACCGUGUCCAGCUCCUAUUAUCCCCUCUGACUCUCCCCGGACCAGACUUUCACAGGCUGGGCUCUCACUCAGGCAGUGUGUUUAGGGCUCCCACUGCUGGUCAGCUGAACAGACUGCAGGGCCUGGACCCCAGGGUGUGUGGUUCCCCAGCCAACGAGAAGAAGCUCCAAACAAUUCUACACAACAUAGAGAGAACAAUGCAUGUUUCCAAAACACAAGAUUCCCCUCAUGCCAACCCCAGGCCACACCCCUGCCCCAAAACAUUGCGUUUCAAGACAGCCCUGGACUUCAGAGCAAUCCCCAAUUAUGAACCCCCGAAGGUGCAUGAUUCCUGCCCAGAGUACACAAAGUACAGUUCCUCCAGCCCCCAGCCGGUACCGCUCGCCUACCAGAACAGGUUCCGCCCAAAGACAGCCGUGGACUUUAGGUGUGAAUACAGCUGCUUCCAGGUUGUUAAAAAAUCCCAGCCAGGCCACUACAUAAUCCACCCUGAGUUUGUUUCCGAGAGAAUAACUUGAAGGCUGGCAUGUCCUGCCUCUUCCGUUCUCUUCCUCCGGAGCUCCUGUCAUGUGGAGCU